AUGUGACGGGCCCCUGCAGUGGGAUAGAAUGCCAACAUGGAACUGUAGCAGGGGACUGGCUCGAGCUCGCGUGGGACGAUAAUUGCAUUUUAAUAACAUUUCUGUCGUUUUGACUGACGGAGUUUGCGAAGUACUCGGAUGAAACAUUAAUUGAGAAAUUACAGGAAAUAUGGAUGUCUCGUGGUACCGUGUUAAAGGCUGAUGGUCAAGUGUGGAUUCUGCUAGGCUCCUGCAAUCUGGUGGCAUUGACCUUUGACCUGGCCCCGGUCUCUGCAGCUUUUCUCCUACUGAUCUGCUGCAACAAAUGGUCUCAGUAAGUGAAAGACAGGUGUUGACCGUCAGUUCUGACACGCCAAGGGCUUCUGCAACAGAGUUGCUGUCUACUAGUUAUGGUUUGCCUCUCAAGGGCAGCACAGUGGCACCCUCUGCCUGUGAGGAGGCGGAGUGCAAUGUCAGCGAGGAGGCCAGUUUGGCAUCGUGCUCCAGCUCUGAGUCCCAGGACACAGGGAGCCUGGGCUCAAGCCCAGCGCAGGAGAGCGGAUUGCUGGGUGUGGUUCUCUCCUCGGCAGUGAGUGAGGAAGGGGCAUCCUCCCCUGGUCUGCAAGGCAAGAUGCCCGAUUUCUGCUCCACGCUUCCCAGCGACUUCUCUCCCACUCUGGAGGAGAUAGAGGAGUUUCUGAAGGAGAAGAUGGAUCUGGUCAAAGAAGGAGACAUGGAGACAGGUGACCCGGCGGCAGCUGCCCCAUCGGGGGACACGCCAGACAGCCGACCGCAGAGGGCUUCAGCAGCUUCGGCAGUAGCCGCUCCCUCGGCGUCCAGCCCCGGUCCGGACAGUGCCUCCACCCCCGUGAUUGUGAGCGCGCCUGUGUUGCUUCAGCUUCAGCCUUUACACUUGACCCUCCCGUCAGCUGAGCCCCGGGCCUCACAGACUGAUCCCACGGGGCUCCGUGUGGCUCACCUGGUGCUGAGCGUCCAGGGGGCCCAGAACUUCGCCCUCCUGCCCCAGGCGGCUUCUGCUGCGCUGGUGCCCGUGGCGAGCGGCGGCAGCACCAAGGACCAAAAGUACGUGAAGAUCGCCCCCUUGCCGAUUGCGGUGAGGGCUGUGGGCACGGCCGCCAGCCUUCUGAAAGCCAUCCCCGCCCGCGCGGCCAAGGCGCCAUCCGAGGUGCUGCGGGUUCACAAGUGCACGCACCCGGGCUGUGAGAAGAUGUACACCAAGAGCAGCCACCUGAAGGCCCACUACAGGAGACACACCGGGGAGAAGCCCUACAUGUGCAGCUGGCCGGACUGCGGCUGGAGGUUCUCCCGCUCCGACGAACUGUCCCGGCACCGGCGCUCCCACUCCGGGGUGAAGCCGUACCAGUGUCCCAUGUGCGAGAAGAAGUUUGCCCGGAGUGACCACCUGUCCAAGCACACCAAGGUCCACCGCAGCCAGAGGGCCAGGCGCCUCCUCCCGGCGAACUGCUGACGAAGGGCACCGCCUCCGAAGGGUUUGUGGGAAUCGCACAGACGCCCUCAGCAGGAGACGGCCCAGCACUUGAUCAUAGUUUAACUCAGCCUCCUGUUCUGUCUCAUUUGGAGAUAUUCCAGGCGAACCCCCAUUUUGUCUUGAGAGGGUGUGUAUUUAAGGACAAGAUUUCUUCAUUUUUUAAUAGUCUGCUCCUUCACGAACACUGAUGGUACUGCAUGGUGUUUUGAAUCACUCAUCUCAGUGAGUGAAACGGCUACGAAUUCCAAACAAAUCCAGAGGACAUACACUGUUCAUCCUAAUAUGAGGUUUCCAACUCUGUGCCAAGAUCUUGGAUCAUAUUCAUCUGCCUUUCAGUUUAUUUUGAUGUAAAUUAAGGAACUAGUGAGACCUGAUGGACUUUUUCUCAUUGUAGAGAAAUUCACCUUCCUUGGGUCAAACAGUUUCCAGUUUGUGCCCUAUUUAAAUAGCUAUAACAGAGCAAACAAAGCCACAUCCUGUGAGCAGAAUAAAGUUGCAUUUUUGCCCCUGCACAGACAACAGGGCUGCAGAUGAGAGCAUAGUUUUUGUUGCUGGAUCUGUACAGUAGAAGAACCAUUUCUGAUGCAAAUGGUUGCAAAGACUCCCAAGAUUGUCCUUAAGCACUUAACUCAAAAUCCAAAUGAAAGAAAAAGAAAAUCUUGUCCCAAAAUGGAAAAAACUAAACAAAGAAUCUGCAAUUUGCUUAUUAGUUCCCAAUUGAUGCUUUACUUUAAAUACAUGCACGGUAUUGCAAUUGUAUUCUCAACAGCAAAGAGAUCUUCAACAUUUAUAGAUUCUUCCUGUUUGUGCAGAAAGCUCUAAAGAUCAGAUACUUGGGUUUUCAUGCUCUGUAAAACCAUUAGGAAUCUGAGUUUAUAGAACAGUGUCUUUAGUGCUCAUACAAUAGUGUAACAGCACUGUUGGGGUCACCCAAAACAAAAGAAUGGAAAUCAACAGUCCAAAUAGUGUAUCAUAUAAGUUAUGGACCAAAUGGCAAUUAAUGUGACAUGAAUGUAUGUACAUUUACUGACCUUUUGGGUCUUUUGCUUUGGUAGUAUAGAAGCAAAACUAUUGGAUCCUUUUCACUUUACACAGCAUCAGCAAGCCCUGACCUGAUUGGAAAAUGUGCUCUUGGCACUGCAAGUGAGAUCUUACCUUCGCAGCCUCGGACUGAUGGCUCUUGGCACGCCUGGCUCCGCUUCAGUUUUCAUGGACUAGGAAUGGGAAAAUGAGGAACAGCUCACGGACAGUAAAAACUCUGAAGGAUGGACGGAUCCAGCAACAUCAACCAAAUCAAAAUGGAACACCAGGAAUAUCUGCUGACGUUGCAGCACCUAACAAGCCUUUCCGAUCGCCGUUUCUCAGUGGGCGAUUCAUGUGGUCCCGGCCUGGACUUGAUCCUCCUGGGAGCAGCCUUUUCGAAGGCUUUUUGCCUCAGGAUGACCAUUUAUCUUGCUAAAGCCCAGUCACGGUCUUACCUAGGCCAAGUACAACCUCUGGUGUUUUGAUUUUGAUUUACGGAGAAAAACACUAUUUUCCUAAGUAUUUUCAUGCUGACUAAAGAAAAUAAUAGAAAUAAAGCGUUGAAACCUGA